GAGGGCACUGAAUUUCAUGAUUUCAUCUAUCUCUUUUUAUUAUUUGGUCUAGCUCUGCCCAAUUAAUCAUUGAAAAAAUAUAGGUUAAUUGUGUUGCAAAAGUCAUAUUGCAUCCGAUUUUCAUAAAAUGCUGGGAAAACUAGUCAUCUAAUUCUAUAACUGCCUAUCUAUCUAUCUAUAUAUCUAUCUAUCUAUAUCCAUCCGUCUUUUUAUCUGUCGUUCAAGAAAUCCAAAAUGGCGCUGCCCAUGAGAGCCUAUGGAUUGUCAUCAAAACUGGAAUCAUGGCUUCCUCUGCUUACCCAGGUGAGGUACAGUCGCUACAGACCAGCCUACGUUCCUCCUGUUGUCGACAGACAGUCAUACGAGGAUGGUUCCCUUCCACUUGACAUCAGCACACCGGUCAAGGCGGCCGUAGGAGACAUCACAUCAGCCUUCACCUAUGAUCCAUUGGUCCAUAAAUUUGUGAAUGUGAUGAACAAGAAGGGACAAAAGGAGACUGUUUCUAAGGUCAUGGAGAAGACCUUUGAAAUCAUCAAGUCGAAGCAGGUUGAGAAGUACAACAAGGCAUCUGAGAUGGAUAAGUCCAGUCUAGAGACCAAUCCGAGAGUCAUCUUUACUAAGGCCAUAGAGAACUGCAAGCCUUCCCUAGGUCUCGUUACUAUCAAGCGAGGAGGCAAGAACUAUCAGGUUCCAUCACCUCUGAAGGAUAAUAGAAGACGGUUUCUCGCCAUGAAAUGGAUAAUACAGGAAUGUGAGAAGAAACCACUCAAAAUGCACAUGCCAGAGAAACUAGCUCAAGAAUUACUCGAUGCAUUUCAUAAUCAGGGCAAUGUAGUGAAGAGGAAACAUGAUCUCCACAGGCAGUGUGAAGCAAACAGAGCGUAUGCACACUUCAGAUGGUGGUGAUACACACCACACCUGACGAAGAAACAAAGUAUGAACUUUUGCUUCAAUGUAAAGAGGAUGGACCUCAAGACAUUUGCAAUGAUCCAUGGAAUUUUGCAAGAAGAUGGCGUUCAAAAGCGAUUUUGGAAUGUGACAGUGUCAAAGAGACUGGAAUCAAUCUUUGAGGAUCAGUUUCAGAAGUGAAUAACAGAACCGCUUUUUAAAUGUUGGAGGUAUUCAAGACUGGAGGUGUCUGCAUGCUUAUUGAACAUUCAUCGGAAACCCUGGGUGGAAGUCGAUUAUUUUGGAGAUGCUUAGGAGUUGUAAUGCUUAAACUUUGGGUGAAUUUACCAGAAUAGCCCUCUAACUAAUCAUUGAUAACACAGGGCUCCCAGCCCGUCAGAGAAAUCAGGGAAAAUUAUUUUACUUUUUUCCAGUCAGGGGAAAAUUAGGGAAUUUGAUAAAAAAUACUUCAAAUCAGGGAAGAAUGCCUCAAAGGAGGGAAAAAUCAGGGAAUUUUGAUCGGCCCAAAAGUCGAAAGCACGGUAGUCAGACAGACUCUGUUAUAUUUUAUUGCAUAUCCAAACAACAUCCAUUGAAUGACUGGUUAUGGUGGUACUAAUAAGGUUUACAUUAUUGAUUUUAUACUGAAAAUACAUAUAAUUCACUUCAACAACUUAGAAAAGAUGCAAAAGUGGGAAUGGGUUUAAAUGAUUAUCAGGGAAUUUUGAAACUUCAUCAGGGAAAAAUCAAGGAAAAAUCAGGGAAUUUUGUUCUCUUGAAAAGCUGGGAGCCCUGUAACAUUAUUAACAUUUACAUUAUACUGUAUUUAUUUAUUCAUUCAAGGGUCAUAGAACUGAGAGAAGGUAGGUGGGGGCUUCAACCCACCCACCCCCCCCCCCACUUUUUUCAAUAAACGUUUAAAAACUGAUAAAAAUUACUGUGAUUGGGUUUUGGAAUGUACAUUUGGGAAGUUUGAAUUAGUCUUCUGUCAUUGACUUUGAUUUAAAACCCCAAACUAUGACAAAUGAUGAAAUGGAUGAAUCAUCCUUGUCUGAUGGAGAAGACAUUUAAUCCACCAAUGCAUCUUAUCGAAAGAUAAUGAAUUUUAAAAUAUAGCAUGCAUGAUAAUGAUUAAGAUUCCGCAUUUCCCUGAAACCAAUGACUUUUUUUUCAUAACAUAGUGCAUACAUAAUUGCGAAAUUGUGUAAAGAGGUAGAUUUUACAUAUGAAAAGUACAUCAUGGUUUCAUAUCAUUUAAGGAAAAAAAGUUUUAAUCCAUUGUACAGUAUUAUGUAACUAAAGUAUCACUUGAUUCCUGUAAGUUUUCAGCGAGAGGGAAAAGAGGAAUUCACAGAACGCAGAUACAAGAUAAGUUUAUCUUGUAUCAAUGAAGUGGUGAAUGAAAAAAUGUUUAUAAUGACUUUGAAAAUAUUAAAAUGUAUUAAAAAUAAUCUAAAA